CGAUGUUUUUGUGCGCCACCGCUCGCUUUGCUUCCGUCUUUUUUUGUGUUUGUGCUGUUUCGUGAACGCGACCAGAGUGCCGCUCGCCUCCAAUCGGAAUGAGUUUGAACGAGCAUUCCAUGCAGGCCCUGUCGUGGAGGAAGUUGUACUUGAGCCGGGCCAAGCUGAAAGCCACCAGCCGCACUUCUGCUCUGCUGUCGGGAUUCGCGAUGGUUGCCAUGGUGGAGGUCCAGCUGGAAAGGGAUUACCCGUAUCCUCCGGGGUUGCUGAUCGCCUUCAGCGCUUGCACCACCGUGCUGGUGGCGGUGCACCUGUUCGCGCUGAUGAUCAGCACCUGCAUCCUCCCUAACCUGGAGGCGGUCAGCAACGUUCACAACCUCAACUCCGUCAACGAGUCCCCCCAUGAGCGCAUGCACCGCCACAUUGAACUGGCCUGGGCUUUUUCCACCGUCAUUGGCACCCUCCUCUUCCUCACAGAGGUCAUGCUCCUCUGCUGGGUCAAGUUUCUGCCCCUGAAAAGCAACACGGAAAACAACGGCACCAUAAGUUCUGGCGAAGCCGCGGCCAUCGCUUCCACUUGCAUCAUGGUGCCUUUCGGGCUGGUUUUUAUCGUCUUCGCCGUUCACUUUUACCGCACGCUGGUCAACCACAAAACGGACCGGCAGAUCCGGGAGCUGAAGCAAGCCAUCCGGCUCCAGAACCAACUGGACCACAGGAUGGAAACCGAUGACCUGAAGGCCGUGGACCAUUUCGCUUGAUUCAUUCGCUCGCUCGCAUUCAGCAGUGCUUAUGCGAGCGCUCGCGGUAUCCCGUUGACUCUCUUUUGCGUGUCAUUUAGUGCGAGAAUGUUCACGCGGAGCGAUUCACGCCGUCGUUACGGUCAACGUAGCAUUUUGUUAAAUGAAGGGAAUAUGGUCAAUUUGACGUUACCAAACAUUCACAGCGAGAAUUUGUUGUUGUCGGGCUGCCGACGCCGACGCAAACGAUCCCUGGCAGAACAGAACCGUUUCGAGCAAAUCCGGGUAUUCACGUUCGCGUCGAAUCGCCGAUGCGUACGUUCCACCGCGUCGCAACGUUUGCUGGAAAUUGCUGACGUAGUUUUUGCGUCGUUCUGCUCUCAUGCGGAGCAACCGACGGGAGAAAAUGCGCCCGUUUCCCUUGACCUCACUGGAGCGCUCUCCUAUACUGCGUGUGGUAUUUUUAGUCUUGCUAGUCAUCGUUAUUAUACGUUACUGUUGCCGACGUAUCGGUACGUCGUUUUUGUUUCUCGCGCCGGGUGGAAUUUGUGCGAUUUUUAAAUUCAAAUAUCGGUAGUCGAUUGUCAGUAGAGGUGAUUUGAAUGGAAGUUUUAUGACAGGCACCAUUUUAAAAUUGGCUAUAAAUCGAAGUGUUACGUGCAAAAACCUUUGCCGUAUUAUUUGAAGUUUGUCAGACUUAAAAAAAAAGAGAGAUUUUGCACAAACAAUUUCGUUCGCAAGAAGUCAACCACAAAGUAAAAAAUAUUUACGCACUUCUCACAGUGAGGAUUUACAAAGUGCUUCACAUAGAGAACGACGCGACGAACAUCGAAGAAGAAAACAAAUCUCAAUGGCUGGAAAUGUGUUCUCGUGAUUUACGAGAACUAGAUUAAGCGUGUACUUUUGAAAGGGGCUGGUUUAUGUUGAGCGCCGUAUACGGGCAAGAAAUGUUCGGCGGUCGACAGACUCGUCGGAAUUGAAUUCCUUCAGCCGCAGCGACGCGACGAUAGUCACGUGGUAGCGAUGAGGAAAGGCUUCUUGCGGCGUUUGUCAAAACAGCCACGUAACACGCCAUUCGUUUUUUUUUCACUCAGCUGAAGUUAUCAGGCCGCCUACGGUGUCUCGCUUCGAACAGAUAAUUGCGCUCUGGAAUUGUGUGCUUUAUUUAUUGUAUAUGCAGAGGCUGCAUGAAUGUAUGGUGACAAAUGCAGCGUAUCUGGUGAGCUUUACCGGGGUGUUUUUUUUUUUUUUUUUUCCGUUGCCAAUUUACAAAUAAAACACAAUUUGUGUGAUGCUUAACCACUUUUUUUACCUCCCUCUUUAUAGUACCACUAAUUCCUUAUAUGGUAUUACAAUUGAAGGAGAGGAAUAUGUCCUUGGAUUCAUGUUAUGCCCGCUUUCAAAAGUGGGAAACGAUCCAAUUGCACUCAUUUGUCCCAAAGUGUUUUAAUUCAGUAUAAAUCUAUUUUUGUCUCUCUAUGCCAACAGCCUAUAUUUGGGAGGUACGUCAAAUGUGCGUUGCCAUUCACACAACUGAAAAGUAUUUUCAAAUGAGGAGUUCCUUCUGCUUCCCAUGGGCUCGCCGCCUGCGGGAGGGGCCAUAGGGGUCGGGUGCAGUGCGAGCCGAAGGCGGGGACCUCGGCGAGCCGAUCCCCGGCUACAGAAGCUGGCUCUAGGGACGUGGAACGUCACCGCUCUGGCAGGGAAGGAGCCCGAGCUGGCGUGUGAGGUCGAGAAGUUCCGACUAGAUAUAGUCGGACUCGCCUCCACGCACGGCUUGGGCUCCGGUA